AUGUUUGAUGACUUCUCGGAAGGCAGAGAAUGUGUCAACUGUGGGGCCAUGUCCACUCCACUCUGGAGGCGGGAUGGGACAGGGCACUAUCUAUGCAACGCCUGUGGCCUUUACCACAAGAUGAACGGGAUCAACCGGCCCCUCAUCAAGCCCCAGCGCCGGCUGUCUGCGUCCCGCCGAGUGGGCCUCUCCUGCGCCAACUGCCAGACCACCACCACCACGCUGUGGCGCCGCAACGCAGAGGGCGAGCCCGUGUGCAACGCCUGCGGCCUGUACAUGAAGCUCCAUGGCGUUCCCAGGCCUCUUGCGAUGAGGAAAGAGGGGAUUCAAACCAGAAAACGGAAGCCCAAGAACCUUAACAAAUCUAAGACGCCAGCAGGUCCUUCGGGUAGUGAGAGCCUUCCUCCCACUAGCAGCGUUUCCAGCAACUCCAGCACCGCAACCACCAGCAGCAGUGAAGAGAUGCGCCCCAUCAAGACAGAGCCCGGGCUGGGGUCCCACUACGGCCACAGCAGCUCCAUGUCCCAGACGUUCUCGGUCAGUGCGAUGUCUGGCCACGGGCCCUCCAUCCACCCGGUCCUCUCGGCCCUGAAGCUCUCCCCACAAGGCUACGCGUCCUCUGUCAGCCAGUCACCGCAGGCCAGCUCCAAGCAGGACCCUUGGAACAGCCUGGCCUUGGCUGACAGUCACGGGGACAUAAUCACUGCAUAAUGUCACCUCCCUCCCUCCUCAGAUUCCUGCACAGACUUAGAGACAGCAGACGUGAGGCUCCGGCUCUAGCGGCCGGCAUGCUCUGUCCGGGAAUGACUCCAGAAGAACCACUGGGAAGAAACUUGAAGUCGAUGAUUUGGUUAGGGGAAGUGGGUGUAGGAUUUUAUCAGCUGCCUUUUCCAGAUGGGGCUGGGAAGAGCCCAGACUCUGACCUGGAAGCAUCCACCCUUCGUAGGAGCACCCUCAAGUCCCUUUUGUGGAGUUAG